AUGCAUGCCUUCAUCUCCUUCAUCCAAGAAUUCAAUCUCUUCCAUAUCUUCAACAAAUGCUCCACAGAGAAACAACACCAGUUGCAUUUCUCUAACUUGAUAAAACUCUUGCAUCUUGGAGAGAUAGCCACCAGGAUUAAGAGGAUCAAUGACAAGCUGCAAUGUAUUGGAGGAACAAAGACAAAAUAUUCAAGAAUGACUUCCUUUCCCCAGUGGGAGGUUGUUGGAGGGAGAAUCACUAAGGAUGCUGAUGAAAUGAUCAAGCUCUUGUUUGCAGCAGUAAAACCAGGAGUUAAAUCUCUUGUGUUUGGGAUUACCGGCAAGGGUGGCAUCGGAAAGACAAUGCUUGCUCGGAGAAUAUAUGAUGACAGGCUUGUGCAAGCUUGGUUUCAGGUGAAGGUUUGGUUAUCUAUAUCUGAUGAGGAUUUGCUUUAUGCUCAGAUGUUGAGAGAAAUCAUACACCAGGCUGGUGGUUGGUGUUGUGGUGAUGAAACCAUGUCUGAGCUGGAGGAAAUGCUGGUGGCUGUUGUACAAGGGAAGAGACUAUUUCUUGUUUUUGAUGGUGUUUUCAAUCUGGAUCUCUGCAAUCAACUUCUGAAGCUUGUAACAAGCAGUUGUGGAGAUGGGAGUAGGGUGUUGGUCACCUCCAGGUUUGAUGACUUAGCCAGAGAGUUGGGUGCAGUACACCUUCACAAGAUGUCUUUGCUGAGUGAAACAGAGAGCUGGUCACUUGCAUGCAAGAUGUUUGAUUUUCAGACCAAUAUUGAGCUGGUGGACAUUGCCAAGGAUGGCAUAGACAAAUGUCAUGGGCAUCCUCUAGCUGUCAAGCUUCUCGGAGGAAUUUUUGCAGAACAUAAGAGAUCUGAAUGGAAGAAAGUAACUCAAGGUUUAGAUGAUAUGAAGUCGGAAAAGAACGGAUUUUUCUUGUCUGUCUAUGAAGCUCUGCCUUCUCAUCUCAAACAAUGCUUCCUUUUCUGUGCUCUGUUUACUGGAAACAGAACCAGAGAACGUAGAGAUAUAAUCCAGCUGUGGAUUGCAGAGGGCUUGAUAAAACCUGAAAAGAACAGAGCUCUGGAGGACUUGGCAGAAGUGUAUUACUCAGAGAUAGUUUCCAGAAAUCUUCUUCAACCAGAACUUGGAAAUCAUGAGCAAGAGUUGAGAUGCACCAUGCAUCAACUUCUCCGAGAGCUGGCUCGACAAUUGACACAACACUGCCAUUAUAUCAAUGGGAAGGUAAGUUCACUCAUACUCUUAGAAAAACCAUCAGUGACUAGUAAUCAUGUACGUGUAUUGGAUCUCAGAGGAACAGAGAUUGAUGAGAUACCAGAUAGCAUUGGCUUCUUAAGGUACCUCAGAUAUCUUAAUCUUUCUCAAACGAAAGUUCGCAAUCUUCCCGACUCCAUCAGAAACCUCUCCAACCUACAAUUUUUAUCUCUCAAUUCUUGUAAAAAACUGGAGAGCAUUCCACCUGGAAUAACACAACUUUACAACCUAAGAAGUCUGGAUAUUCUUCACACGAAAGUAGCACGUCUUCCGUAUGGGAUUAAAAACAUGAAACAUCUCAAUUCCCUGAUUGGUGGUUGUUGUUAUUUGUUGGAUGAGUUGAGGACUCUGUCUGAGCUCAGGGAACUCCACAUAGAAAACUUGAACAUGGCCAAGACCGGAGGAGAUGUCCAGAUGUUAUCGAACAAGAAGUUUCUCCAACUUCUUGUACUGUCAUGGAGUCAUGAGCCUAAACCAAUGAUCACAGGAAACAUCAUCCAAGAACUUCGCCCAUCUCCAAGUACCAAACGCCUCACUAUUACUAGUUUUCCUGGCACUGAAUAUCCCAAGUGGUUCUCCUCAUCUAACAACUUGUGCAAUCUUACACUGUUGGUUCUUGAACAUUGUUCAUUCUGUGUACAACUACCAUCACUGGGUGAUUUACCAGAAUUGAAAUACCUUCGAAUCACAGGUUGCAAGGGAAUUGUCACUAUAGAUAUUAAAUUUUUUGGUGAAAAGGCUUUCCCAAGAUUAGAGCGUCUGAUAAUGGAGGAGAUGAACAUGUGGGAGAAAUGGGUUGGACCAAAGAGUGCAUUCCCUUCUUUAAGAUCACUGUUCCUGAGGAACUGUCCUAUGUUGAUGUCUCUUCCUCAAUGCUUACAACGUGCCAAAGUUUUGACAGAGCUGGUCAUACAAGGUGCAGAUAGACUCAGAGCACUAGAGAAUUUCCAGUCAAUCAUGGAUUUGCAAAUUGAAAGUAGUACAAACAUUGAGAAGGUCUGCAAUUUCCCUGCUCUCAAGAGAUUGAAGAUUGUCAAGUGUCCUGCUUUGGAUGUUGUCAAGAAUAUGCCUUGUUUAGAGAUUUUACAUUUGGUGGAUGUCUCAAUGGAUUCAUUGCCUGUAUGGUUUGGAUCAGACAUGAAUGUCAAGCUUAAAUUACUAGAUAUCACUGGUAAUGACAGGCUGCUGAACAGAGUUAAGAAAGGAGGUGAAGAGUGGGAGAAGAUUGCUCGAAUUCCUCGUUUCAUUGCAUGCAAUGCCAACAAAUCUUCCCUGAUUUCUUACUAUUGA